AUUGAGACUAUAACAGUGACCGCACGGGAUGAGACAUCACUACUAUAUAUACAUCGGGAUAUAUUACGCCUUCAUCCGCCUUCAAUCGCCCUUCAUCAUAUCCGUCAGGCUCUGAAACACUCCCAGACACCUUGGUUGUCCCGUUAAAACUGAAAGUUUCUUCGAUUGACAUCUAACGGCCCAAGAGAGUGCAUCUACAUCCGCUACAGAAAGCGUAUAUACAUUUACCAUCGCCAACGACAUAGAAAUCGCUCACAACUCGAGGAAACAUGGCCUUUCUGAAAGCCUUUCUCACCUACCUGGCUUCUGCCGUAGCCGUGCUCGGCGUAGUGCUCCCUAAGCCAACGGCGGUUGUACCAGGAACAGCCUGCACGACGGGAGCGCCAACAACGACAGCCGGCUACCCAAUAAUGUACUACACACAGGCGACGCCGGGCGCCACUGCUUUUGUAAAUGGAUACCAGCCGGAGCCUAGAUGGGCUCGUGAACACCUUGUUGGAAGCUACACCUUCGGCGUCCCAAAGCCCAUCGAAACAGGGUUCGCCUACGCGCAGUUCAAAUGCGAGUAUUACUGCCAGAACCAGAGCCAUGGCGGCAGUUUCUUCGUGCGCGCUGAUAGCAAAGUCGGUUCAUACUGCGAGUGUUACAACGACCUGUGA